UAACUCAUGUAGACAUGAUCUUUGGUUAACCACAAAUAAUGAAACAUUUUAAAUAGACUAUAACUUAGCAUCUUGCCCAGAAAAAAACUAAGUUAUAUGUCUCUUUAUAGUAACAUAAGUCACAUUUUGUAGCCGUUUUUAGUACUAUCAUUGAAAUAUAUCCUGAGGAAGGUCUUGAAAGACCGAAACCGCUUGAUCCUUGAAUGAACCAGUUUACAAACCAUCCUGAUAUUUGACGUGUGUUCUCUCCUUCUCUUGAUUUACUAAAAGUUGUGUAUGUUUAAUGACUUAAGGAUUCAUGAAAACAUUGGAUUCACCUAAAAUAUGAAUAGAUCGCUUACUAUAGAACAGCUAAAUUCAGAGGAAGUGGGGAGGCUAAUGCCAUUGCUAGUUUUCCUCGGAAUGGUCGUUAGCACGGGAAUUCCAGGAAAAAUAACCGUGUGUGUAGUUUACUGGGCGAAAUCAAAAGAGUCUGUUUCAAGAUUUUUCAUCUGGUGGCUUGCAGUUAUUGAUACUAUUAGUUGUUUUGUGAUAUUUUUAGAAAUUGUGAGCGUUGUUAAGCAGUAUACCUACACCAACACGUGGUUAUGUAAAUUCACAGCUUUCCUCGCAGUUUGGUCGGUUAUCACGUCUGCUUUUGCAUUGUGUUUAAUAAGUUUCGAUCGUUUUCAAAGGAUAUGCACACCUCAUCAUAUUCAAGUAUGCCAACAGAAGGCAAAGUUUAUGUGCUUAUCAACUGUUGCUAUUGCUUUAGUAAUUUCAUUGCCGUCGCUAAUUCUGUAUGGAGCGUAUACGGAGGAAAUUUCACACCACAACUUAACCAGUAGCGCGUGUACCAUUCAGAACAAGUAUCAAGGCACCAAUUUCGCCCUUUUUUACCACAUUUUCUUAUGGAUAUUAUUCCUUUUUGUUUUAAUCUUUCUUAGCGUGUGUUACACCAUGAUUGGCAGGAAAAUAUACAAGCAGAUGGGACUGCGUCCCUCAAUGGCGUCGAAUAAUGACGUCUGCAUGAACACGAGCUUUACUGUUUUGAAAACAUAUCAAAACGUGUGUAAGGAAAAUUGUACUGUUUCUCGGAAUACAUGUAUGUCAACGCUUAGUAAUCGUUCAACAGUACAAGGACAGGCUAAAGCCAGACAAUCUGCAUUACUGAUGUUUUUAAUCUCUCUAGUAUUUGUGGUCAGUUUUCUUCCUAUCCUUAUUUCAAGAAUGAUAGGAGCCUUUGAUUUGACAUUUGAGAAGUCAAUGUCGGAUACAGGAAGAGCUUGUUAUAAGUUUUUCAAACGCACUUAUUUCUUGAACUGCGCUAUCAAUCCGUUUAUCUACUGCGCAUGUGCGGCGACAUUUAGACAGGAAGGGCGUGCACAUUUUAGACGUCUGAUCAGCAGGUUCAGAUAGACAUGAGUCGCAUCCCAAACUUGAAAAGUUUGUAAAGUUUUGAUGCAGAGUAAUUUCUGCAUAGCGUUAAAAAUUGAGUCAUUUUUGUUCAAACUCAUGAUGUUGACAUAUAAUUGUAAAUCAGUUCGGUUAUAAAUGUACCAAUGGUAUGAUAAUUAUAUUUGAU